AAUGUAAACAGUUUGGAACUACAAGAUCAACGGUGCAGCGCAGCCGCAGUGUGUGUGAUGGGUGUUGGAAAAGCGCAUCCUGAAUGAUUCCCGGACCCCUGCAGUUGUCGACGGAAACGUGAGGAGAUAAACGUUAUUCCGGGGAGAACUGGGAUUUCAAAAUGGCAGAGCGGGUCAAUAACUUUCCUCCCCUGCCUCAGUUCAUGAAAAUAAAGCCAUGCUUUUACCAGAAUAUUGAAGAGGAAAUUCCAGCGUCCCAUCAACAGUUGGUGCGCAGAGUCUACAUGCUCUGGAUGAUGUAUUCUGGCACGCUGUGUGUAAACGUGAUUUCAUGUAUUGCUUGGUGGGCUGGGGGUGGAGAUGCCAAAAACUUUGGUUUCUCCCUGCUCUGGCUCAUCCUCUUCAGUCCAUGUAGUUACACCUGCUGGUUCAGACCGCUCUACAAAGCUUUCAGGGCCGAUAGCUCCUUCAACUUCAUGGCCUUCUUCUUCAUCUUCUUCCUUCAGUGUAUCUUGGCCCUCAUCCAGACUAUAGGCAUCUCUGGUUGGGGAACAUGCGGCUGGAUUGCGACAGUGAUGUUUUUCAGCUACAAUGUGGGCUCCGCUAUAGUGAUGCUUAUCACAGCUCUGCUCUUCACUGUGGUGACUGCUUUAAUGGCACUGGUGCUCAUUAAGGUGCACAGACUGUACCGUGGCGGUGGUGGGAGUCUGGAGCGUGCUCAGGAAGAGUGGAGCAGCGGGAUGUGGAAGAGCGCACCAGUGAGGGAAGCAGGGUUCAACGCUGUCGCUCAGACGGCCCAAGGCCCGAGCUUGCCCCAGUACCCCGCUGCAGUGCCAAGCUACCCCGACAACAGUCACUGGUGAUAGCCGGGCUCCACCUCUAGAUGGAGACAGAUAGCUGGCCAUCUCUGUGGUGCACGAAGGAACCACUUAAAAGCGCCAUAUCAUUUCACUCUUACAUGACAAAAAUGUAUUUUUUGAAUGAGAGGACAGUUGGAUUGCUGUAAAAAGUUUUAUCAAAGAGUUUUGUCAGCAAAGCUCAUCAAAGCCCUACACUUCUUCUCAAGGUGUUAUCUUCAAAAUAGACCAUUCCAUCUCAGUUUUGUUUACAUAUAGUUUAUUGAAAUGAACAAGAAAGAUCUACAAUUUUAUGCUCACAAGAAAUUUGCUGAGGAAGUUUUACUGUCUGGUAAAUAUGCAAUUGGAAACUCAAAAAGAGUGUGAACAGUUUCAUGAUAUUAUGUGAAGGAUGUGUGCCUUAUGGACAUUUAUGAUAGGAUUGUUUUAUGUGUUGCCAGAGUUGCAUGCUAGAAAUUGUAGUAUGCUGUAGUAUUUUCUUUUGCAAGAGAAAGUUUGCAAACUGCACGAUUUUAAUCUGGUGGAAUUCUUUUCUGUGGACUCUGGCAGGACUUCACUUAAGUUUUGAUUCAUUGUGCUCGGUAUCUCCAUGCUUGCCUGCUUAGGUUGUGAUUUCUUGAAAUGCGCCUUACUAUUGCGUGCAGAUUUUGCAUGUGAAAAAUUGCUUGCCUUUUCGCCUUAACAAAUGCUGCUUUUUUUUUUUUUCUUUAACUGGAACUUAUGCUUCAGUGAAGCACCGUGUGGAAACAUUUCAAAAGUUGUUGGUGCGUAAUCAUCCUCUGUGAUUUCUCACUGAACACUGAUGUGCCAAAACACUUGUCUCUCUCCUUUGUUUUGAUACUGAAGAAAAGUCACGCAUAAAGUCGUGUGUGUUGUACUCUGCCUUAGUAUUUCUCAGUUUCUGUAUUUCUAAAACUGCACUGUUUGCUUUUAGUGGUCAGUGCCCUGCUGUGAAAGCACCUUAUCAGCUGUUGUCACUGUUCCAGAUACUUUCAGUUUCCCCCCAGAUAAGUCAGAAUUUUUGUAUUUAGUGACUGCAGUGUGCUUGCAUGCAGCUUAUCAUGGGUGUGGAUAGGAUUUUUAAAAUUAUUUCAAAUAUUCUGACCUCAUGUAACCAAUAUAAACCGACACAAACAACUGACUGAAGGAAAAAAACAUCUGCGGAAGGAUGUACAGUAAGGUGAAAUCUUGCAUGCAAAUAUAUUCACAGUCUGUUUAAAUGCAGCCUGAUAGUGGAUUUGGGUGAAUUUUCUGUCAUUCCAACACAUUUCAAAGAGAAUGAUCUGAUUAAAACCAAUGAAUGUGGCUUUUCUCACAGGUAAUAUAACAGCUCACUUUUGCCUCAAUGAUCCAAUCAGAGUCUAAAUGACUACUAUAGGUACCAACUGGAAGGAAAAGGUGCCUGUCUCAUACUUUGACAGUUUUAUUUUUCUUCUCUUGUUAUAAAAGUGUCCUUCAUGGCCAACUGCCAAAUUUAGUAUUUUGAUUUUUCUCUGUUAUUUGAUAAGUGACAAAAAUAACAGAUAUGUCAAAAAUAACCUUUAAAUAUUGCAACAUUUCAAUAAAUAUUCUUACUCACAUGG